AUGUUCACUCCAAAGAAGAAUCGAAGCAUCCGCAAGAAGGUCAACAUCGACGAUGGCGACGAGGCACCCGUACAGGACUCUGGAAACAACACACCAGUUCCAGACAAUGAUACCGCUGAACCUGUAGUCAAGGUCAAGAAGGUCAAGAAGAAGGUGGCAAGCACAGUUCUGAGCUUUGGGGACGACGAGCAGGAAUCAGAGGACACCUUCAAGAUCAAAAAGAGCUCAGCCAGCAGGAGGCUGGCCAACAACAAAGGAAAGGAAACAUCAGACACUACGGAUCAACAACAACACCAGUCUAUCACCAGUCGCGCGACCGUCGGCAACGCUGUUUCUUACAGCAAGGAGGCUUUGGACGAACUUCGCAAGUCGACACAAUCCACAGCACCCAGCAGCAGAUCGCAUGAUUCUAACGGAAGCAGUGUUGAAGAAAAGUUUCCUUCUCUCCUUGGAGGUCUGACCAUUAUACCCGAUGCUGCUGCAAUUCACCUCGCUAAAAAGAAACGCGAACAGAUGAGACUCAGGAACGAUCAUGAGGAAGAAGAGUUUAUUUCUCUUGCGGGAGGCGACGAUGAUAGGAUGGUCGAAGAAAGGAAUACACGGAUGGUUCGGGAGGAGGACGACGAAAUGGAUGAUGGCGAAGCAGAUCUCGAGAACUUGUUGGGAGAUAAGCUGGCUUUGGGACAAAGAGCUCAGCGACAGGCAGAAAAGAGCCGGAGAGCGGCCAGGAAAGAAAUGAUCGAAGACAUCGAUGCUGACGAAGAAGAUGAAGAGGAGACUCGAGAAUGGGAGAUGCAGCAGAUUAGGAACGCCGGUGUGGUCCAACGAGAUGCAGGAAAGAAGAAUGCUGCAGCUCCUGCUCACAGAACCAUCGCAAUUCCAACUGUCACACAGGUGCCUAAUAUCGCAGAGGUCAAGAAACGGCUACAGGAUCGCCUCAGCAGUCUGAAGAACCAACUCAGCGAACACCAGGCGCAAUUGAAGCAGGUUCACGUGGAGGAGGCUGAGAUCAACAUUCGGACGGUGGAGUCGGGAGAGGCCAUGUCCAAGGCCAGUGCUCGGUACACUUUCUUCCAGGAGUUGCGGUCGUACUGCAGGAACUUGGCUGCGUUCUUUGAAGAAAAGUAUCCAGAUUUGGAGACGAUUGAGAAGGAGUUCAGGUCAAUGCUUUCGGAGAGGACAUUGUUGGUUCUGGAGAGGAGACAUCUGGACAUGCGGGACGACCUGGUUGAAUUCGCGAACGUUGUUGAUGACGAGAACAGGUCAAAUGUCAAACAACCUAUCGCUCAGGAGGUGGACGAGUUUGGACGGAGCAUUGGUGUGGAUCCAUUGGCAGCACAGAAGAGACGGAAGGCUGAAAGAGAGCGUCGGAGGGCGCAGAGGAAACAACUCCAGGCAGCAGACGGCAAGGAGGUCGAGACAUACGAUGGACUUUCCACGGACGAUGAGCUUGGCAAUGGCGACGCGAGAGAGUUGGGCGAUGCUGUAAUGGAACUGGAGGAUCGCCGUCUGAAUCUUUUCAAGGAGGUCGGUCCAGAGUUUAAUUCGCUUGAGGCGGUCAAGCGACACUUUCAGGCAUGGAAAGCAGAGUACCCGAGCGACUACAACAAGGCAUACGGUGGACUCUUGCUGCCACUGGUCUUUGACCUCUUUGUGCGUCAGGAGACAUGCCUAUGGAACCCUAUCCGUGUCAAGCAAGAUAUUUCUGAGCAGUCAUGGCAUCAAGCGGUCACCACCUAUCCUAUUGCUCGUUCCUCUCGGAUAUAUGAUCACAGUGACUCGGACAGCGAUCACCAGGAUGAUGAGGAGGAGGAUAUGGACAGGGACCUACUGAAGAAGGUGGUUGCCAAGAGUUUGUGCCCCAAGAUUACGCAGUUCCUCAGCGCAGGCGGAGUAGACCUUUACUCUACCAAGCAGACAAAGUGCUUGAUGGCCAUCAUGGAAGAACUUCUAGACUAUGUGGAAAAGUCGAACAGCAAGAUGGAACAACUGAUCAAGGCCCUUCUGCAGACGAUUCUCAACACAGCGGAAGCCCAUCGGCUACAGUUCAUCCAAGCAGCACAGCCACUGACGCCACGUCCAAUUCUGACUGCUCAGGGGGUGGAGGCUCGAGAGAGAUAUCUUUGGAAGACGAUCGGGCUGUUCAGGAAUUUGAUGUUACUCCGGAAAUUUGUGCCUGCGGACACGAUUGACAGGCCCGUCGUCGAUGGGCUUUUGCACGACUGCAUUCUGAGAUUGCUGGAAGGCGAUGUCAAGGACACGGUCGCCAAGUAUCAAAUGAUCUUCCAUGCAUUACCAAAGGACAUCCGGUCACAAGAGCGACACACCAUCAUUGACCGUAUGGCACAAAGCUUGUAA